AUGACCCUUCAGGCGGACUACACGACCCUACUGGCGGGCCUCGCAGCCUUCAAGGCGGACACGGACGCUAUCAAGGCGGAGACUGCAGCCGUGAAUGUGAAGAACGACGCUAUCAAGGAGGAGAUCGUGGCCAUGAAGGCGACCUUCAAGGCGGACAGGCGCGCCAUCCAGGCGAAGACUGCCGCCAUGAAUGCGAAGACCGACGCUAUCAAGGGGCAGAUCGCGGCCAUCGAGCUGGCCAUCAAGGCGGAAACGGACGCUACCAAGGCGACCUUCAAGGCGGACAGGCGCGCCAUCCAGGCGAAGACUGCGGCCAUGAAUGCGAAGAACGACGCUAUGAAGGGGGAGAUCGUGGCCAUGAAGGCGAAGAUAGCGAACGUCAAGUCUCGCGUGGACAGCAACAGAGCAGCCGACGAGGGGCAUUGA